AUGUUGUUCGCGAGACCCUUCGACCUCAUCCGUCUUUUACUGCUAUCAACCGGAUUGCUACCCAGGACGACAUACUUCCCCCGGCACAGCCAAUUACAGACAGCAAUGAGAAGGUUCAUAACCAAAUUCCGUGCCAAUAGGGAGCCAGUGCUUACGGAGAUGUAUAGGAUCCGUAAAAGUCAAGGUAUCAACCUGUCAUUGCUCGAGGUCAACACGGAUAAAUUGCUCUGGGAUCCAGACGCCGGUGGUUUUCAAGGAUGCACCGACUGGCGCUUUGCUAUUACCGAAAUGAAGGCACUUUUGUUUAAUACAUUGGUCCGCAAUUUCGAGUUCGAGCUGGGUGAUCCAAAGGAGGAAUUGAUGGUGUUCAAGAGUGUUCAAGGCGGCAUUGAUGCAUCGCACAUCCUUGAGCUCUGA